AUGGCUCCUGCCUUUCUUAUUUAUGACUGUGAAGAACAAAAUGUUAAACGGACUCGACAAAUCAUCGCACUGGUUUCACACACUCCGGAUUCUCCAGUUCCCAGUCGUUCUUAUUUCAUUUCACUUCAUUUCAUUCCAAUCAAAACAUACAACUAA